AUGGCUUAUGUAAAAGUUGUAAAAAAUAAAGCAUAUUUUAAAAGAUACCAAGUCAAAUAUAGAAGAAGAAGAGAGGGAAAAACUGACUACCGAGCUAGAAAGGCAUUAAUAUUACAAGACAAAAAUAAGUACAAUGCUCAAAAACUCCGUUUUAUUGUUCGUAAAACAAACAGCCAAAUUAUAUGCCAAAUAGCUAGUGCUCAUGUUGAAGGUGAUAAAAUACUAUCUGAAGCAAAAUCAAAAGAAUUAGUCAGAUAUGGUAUCCCUGUUGGAUUAAAAAAUUAUGCAGCUGCAUAUGCUACUGGUUUGUUAUGUGCUAGACGAUUUUUAAAAUCAUUAAAAUUGGAUACUCAAUUCAUAGGAGUACCAAAAGUUACUGCUGAAUCUGUAGCCGAAGAUGGUGAUAAAGAAGGAGAAGGUGACAGAAAACCAAUCAAAGCAUUUUUAGAUGUAGGUAUAACUAGAACAACAACAGGAAAUCGUGUUUUCGCUGCAUUAAAAGGAGCAUGCGAUGGUGGAUUAAACAUUCCACAUGGAAAUAACAGAUUUCCAGGAUCAAAAAAUGAAUUUAAUCCUGAACAAUUAAGAAAAAAUAUAUUAGGUAUUCAUGUAGCUGAAUAUAUGGCUGCAAUGAAAGAAGAAGAUAAGGAUAAAUAUAAAGCUCAUUUCAAUGAGUAUUUAAAACAUAAAAUCGAUGAAAAAAAUAUCGAAAAAAUGUAUCUUAAUGCUCACGAAAAAAUUAGAAAAAAUCCAGAGAAAAAAGCCAAAAAGGCUGGUAAAAAAUUCAUAGCCAAACACCAAAAACCAACCAAAUUAAAUGCAAAAAUAAGAAAAGAAAGAGUUAAAGAAAAGUUGGAGAAGUACAUCGAAAAAUUACAAUAA